CCGGGAAGAUGCUCUGGGAACAAUAUCAAACACCUCAUGGGUGGCUUGAAACGAUUGGCAUCCAAGGUUAAGACAAGAGGAUGUGCUUGUGGCGGUGGCACACACACAAUGACCCAAACAAACAUUUGGUGGCCAAGCGACUGGCCCCAUUCCUGGCUCUCUUUCACCUUCCAUUCAAUGAUUUCUUUCUCCCCUUAUAUGUGAAGAAGAAGAAGAAGAAGAAGAAGAAGAAGAAGAAGAAGAAGAAGAAGAAGAAGAGAAGCAGAAAUUGAGGACGAUAGAGUGAAGAGAGAGGAAGCUAGCGGACAACGUCAUGGCGGCGACUCUUACAGGUGCCUCGUCGAUGGUGCUCUUCUUCCUGCUGGGUCUCGUGACGGCGACAGAAGCCUUUGAUGUGCCGACGUUAACCUUCGGCGAGGGCUUCUCCCAUCUCUUCGGCAACGACAACCUCAUCCGCUCUGCCGAUGACCGCAGCGUUCGUCUCACCCUCAACCGUUACUCCGGUAGGGGACGGGACGUCCUUGUCGCCACCUUCGUUGUCUUCUUUCUUUUACGUGGUGAGUGCGUAACCAAGUGGUGCAUGUGGUUCUCAGGCUCCGGCUUUAUCUCUUCGGACCUUUACGAGCAUGGAUUCUUCAGCGCCUCCAUUAAGCUGCCCAAGGAUUACACGGCUGGCGUCGUCGUCGCCUUCUAUACAUCCAAUGGCGACGUAUUUCCCGACACGCACGACGAGCUGGACUUCGAGUUCUUGGGCAACGUGAGAGGGAAAGACUGGAGGAUCCAAACCAAUGUCUACGGCAAUGGCAGCACCACCCGCGGCCGGGAGGAGCGCUACCUCGUCCCCUUCGACCCCACCGAGGAGCCUCACCGCUACUCCAUCUUGUGGACCCCCGACUACAUCACCUUCUACAUCGACGACGUCCCCAUCAGAGAAGUGGUGCGGAGCGACGCCAUGGGCGGCGACUUCCCGUCGAAGCCGAUGUCGGUCUACGCCACCAUCUGGGACGGCUCCUCCUGGGCCACCUCCUACGGCCGGAUCAAGAUCAACUACAAGUACGCGCCGUACGUGUCCGAGUUCUCUGACCUCGUCCUCCGCGGCUGCCGCGUCGACCCCAUCCAGCAAGUGGACUCCGCCGACCGGUGCGCCGAGGCCGUGGAGGAGCUCAUGUCCGCCGACUACGCCCUCCUGACGCCAAGGAAGCGCGCCGCCAUGCGCCGGUUCCGGGAGCGGUACAUGAUCUACUCCUUCUGCUACGACCAGCAUCGAUAUGGCAGUGUCACCUUCCCCGACUGCGACUACGUCUCCUCGCAGCACAGCAGAUUCGGGGAAUGGGGUGACAACAAGUUUCCACCGAAGGAGGUCCGGGGGGCCCGGCGACGGAGCCGGAAGCCAAGUGCCGUCGACGAUCAACCAUCGAAAUAGAUGACAUCUUCUUGUCCAUAUGCCUUCCCCGCACAGUGUUUAGAUAGGAUACAUUGAUUCUUUCUGUAUGAUUCUCGAGUCACAUCAUAGAAAUUACACCACAAUAAAGUUGAGUUGUAUUUCGAGUAAAUACGAAUAAAUAUGAGCAUUCGUUGGUGAUGA